UUCAGCUACCACAAUAUUAAUUUCAGCAAAUUAAAAAAAAUAAUAAUUUGAAGGUAAAAAGACGUUAUAAAUUGUUAUACAUUUUGAGCAUAUUAUAUAUGUGUAUAUAUAUAUAUAUAUAUUAAUUUUUUCUGAUCAUUUAAUUUUCUGGCAGUUCACUUGGUCAAAAUCUUGAAACAAGUCCUUAUUAUUGGGAAAACUGCUUUACAGUUUUAAUCUCGAUCUUUGGCUUGAUUCUGUUUUUAUAUUUCAUCGGAAAUUUGCAGGUGUACAUGCAGUGGGAGGUAUAUAACGAGCUAGAGGAGAUUUAUAAGCGGUCGAAAUCUAAGCAGAAUAAUAAGAUCAUGAAAACUAAAUUGCGUAGCAUUGAGUGUUGGAUAAGCACAAUCGGACUCCCCGACGAGUUAAAACAGAUGAUCAUGAGCCAUGUGACACCAAUAUUGGAAGAUCAAAACAAACAUAUUGAUACAGAAAACCCAUUCCCUCAUCUUCCCACAAUACUUAGAAGAUCGAUUAAGCUCCAUCUCUGCUUGCCCCUGCUAAGGAGAGUGCCCAUAUUUGAAAAUGAAAGUGAAAAAUUGUUGUAUGAGAUCACCUGUAAAUUUCUCAAGCAAGUGCACUACAAUCAAAGCAGCUACAUUGUUCGAGAGGGAGAACCAUUGGAUGCGCUGAUCUUCAUGGUGAAAGGAAUUACGUGGAUGUAUACAAGUAAUCAUGGCAAUAAAACUGAGUGUCUUAAGACAGGUGACCUCUUUGGAAAACAUCUUGUAGACUGGGUGUUGGAAUCCCCUGGACUAUCUGACCUUCCUUUAUCGACAAGGACUCUCAAAUGUCAUACAAAAGUUGAAGGGUUUUGUCUUAUGUCUAGCGAUCUCAAGGAUAUGAUGUCUCAAUGCUGGUGGAAAUUUAGCAAGUUUAGACACAUCGUCGAAUCUGAUUCGAAACAGCUGAAACAUUUUGCAGCUUCAUCCAUCCAAGCAGCAUGGCGCCGCCACACCAUCCAUCAUCAUAAAUUACUUGAAUGAGGCUACCAAGUUUGCCCAUGCUGUUGACUAAGGCCAUUGCCACCAACAGCUCCCCAAGUUUAGAUAACUGUACCACUUAAUUAUUAAUCUAGUGUUAUCAAAUGUUCUUGCUCUUUGGCGAAAUAGAAUAAAUAGAUUGUUUAAGAGGACUUGUAUUAUGUUGUGGAUUAAAUGCUGCACUUGUUUCUUUUUAUGUCAUUAGACAAAUUGCAGUCGCUUGAUUUUAA